GAAAGAAACCGCAAAGGUUACAACUCUGAGUCCAAGAGGACGUAUAUAGUGAUGGAUGCUAAUCCUGUUCCAGUAUCGUCUGAUUUCAUUUGGGAUUGGUUUACUGGUUUCUUGAUUUUUUUCAAAAUCUCUCCCCCGGAAACCAUCUGGGUCUACUUUCCUUACAAUCAUCGUCGUAUAAUAUAUACAUAUAUGGCCGCUUCUUAGAGGCCUGAGGUUGAUCUCCCUCUGGUUUUGGUUUUGUUGAUUUGUUGUUGAUUUGAAUUUUGGGGUUUCCACCUAGCCAUGGGUGACAUGAAGGACAAGGUGAAGGGCUUCAUGAAAAAGGUGAACAACCCAUUCUCAUCAUCAUCAUCAGGAAAAUUUAAGGGUCAAGGUCGAGUUUUGGGCUCUUCUUCUUCUUCGUCAUCGCCCUCUCCACACCACCGCAACCCGCCAAACAUUCCUCAGAAACCAAAGCCACCCACCGUUAUCCGCCCUGACUCGAAACCUAAGGUGACAGACUUGAACCAUGAUAGCGAGGUGGAAUCCAUUCAAAAUGGAAUGACAUCAAAGUUCUCUCUCUCCUCCCAUGAAAAAUCCCCAGAAUCGAAUUCAAGUGGAUUUGAUCCUUUCAGCCUGUUCAUCUCUUCUGGCCAAGCCUCAAAUAAUAGAAUGUCUGAGAAUUCGUUUGAGUGCCCAGUUUGUGGGGCAUUCUACAAGUCCGAAAAUGAGGUCACUAUGCACAUUGAGACCUGCUUGAAUGAAUCCAAAUCUGAAAAUUUGGAUAAUUCAUCAAAUCUGGGGAUUGAAUUGGAGUCAAGAAAUAGAUUGAUAGAAACUGUUGGGGCUUUUUUAUCAGGGGAGCCAUCUGAGCAAUGCUUAGAUGUUGUAUUGAAACUCCUAAAGAACAUUAUGAGGGAUCCAAGCAAUGCAAAGUUCCGGAGAAUAAGAAUGAGCAAUCCAAAGAUUCAACAAAGUGUUGGUUCAGCUGUUGGGGGUGUGGAGUUGCUUGAAAGUGUGGGUUUUGGGUUUGAAGUUGAAGGUGAUGAUACUUGGGCUUCGAUGGAGUCACCAUCUGACGAACAAAUUGCGUUGAUUAGUGAAGCCAUUUCAUUGUUGGAGCCUAAAAAUCCAGAAAUUAAAAAAUUUUCUUCACCAGAGGCUCCAAAUAAAUAUGAAGAUGCGGACAAAUCGAAGAAAGUUAUUGACAGGCAGGUUAGAGUUUUCUUUUCUACUCCAGAAAGCGUGGCAGCAAGGAUUGAGUUGCCAGAAUCCUUCUAUAUUCUUUCAGCUGGAGAGCUGAAUAGAGAAGCUGAUCUAAGGAGGAAAAAGCUUGCAGAAUCUCAACUGUUGAUACCCAAGUCUUAUAAGGAGAAGCAGGCGAAAUCAGUGAAGAAGAGGUACAAAGCAGCUGUUAUUCGCAUUCAGUUUCCUGAUGGAGUAGUUCUGCAGGGUGUCUUCUUUCCUGGAGAACCAACACUUGCACUCUAUGAGUUUGUCAGCUCAGCUCUCAAGGAGCCUAGUUUGGAGUUUGACCUUUUGCAGUGCUCGAUACCCAAAAGCCGCACAAUCCCACGGUUCCCAAAAGUGGGAGAGCGAAAUCCGACGCUCGAAGAUGAAGAUCUGGUUCCCACAUCUCUGGUUAAGUUCAAGCCCAUCGAAACAGAUUCAGUUGUCUUCACUGGCCUUCGAAAUGAACUCCUUGAAACCAGUGAACCCAUUUCUGCAUCAGCAAGCCUAAGCUAGCACAUGUAGACAAUCAUGCAUCUGAUACAGCUUCAGACCUUCAUAUUGAUUGUUCUCGAUCGUUCUCUCUCCCUAGCUUUGGAUAUUUUGGAGUAUGCGAAGGACUAAACCUUUGUGGGUUAAAUAUUCAAUUCUUGUCCAGGUGAUGCUCAAACUGGGGUGUUAUGAGAAUCAUCUACUCGGGAAAUAGACUUAAUAUUUGAAAAUUACCUUGUGCCAAUGCCUCUAGUAACCUUGUUUAGGCUUGUGCCAAUUUGAAAUUUUUUAUAAAAAAGUUGAAUAAUUGAAAUUGCUACGAACUUUGAAAA